AGCUGGGAAGGUUUCUGCUGAUUCCGGGCCAGGACCAGGGGCCACCGUCCCGAUUAGGGCUGUUGGUGCUGGGUGAAGACAUUCAGGAUAUUAACCAGAACGGGUCAGUUUUCCAGUCAAAAUUGUUGUCCCCAGCCCGACUGGAGCUGUCCAUUUCCCUCUGGGCUGUCAGAAGGUGGAGGAAGAGAUGGGCUGGCAACAAUCUCUGCAAGAAUCCGAUGCGUCCAAAGUCCGCACCAUUUACCUCAAUGAACCCCUUAGGAACAGUUUCUGCAAAAACUGGAUCAGCACAGCCAAGUACAGCAUUUGGUCAUUUCUUCCUCAAUAUCUGUACCUGCAGUUUAGCAAAGCUGCUAAUGCUUUCUUCCUAUUCAUUACUAUAUUGCAGCAAAUUCCAGAUGUGUCUCCGACAGGAAAAUAUACAACUCUCUUGCCUUUGGUGAUUAUUCUUAUGGUUUCAGGCAUCAAAGAGAUUGUAGAAGAUUAUAAACGACACAUGGCAGACAAAUUAGUUAACACAAAGACGGUGAUAGUGUUAAGAGAGAAUACAUGGAAAACGAUUAUGUGGAAAGAGGUAAAUGUGGGUGACAUUGUGAAGGCCUCCAACGGACAGUUCCUUCCUGCAGACAUGGUUCUGAUCUCUUCCAGUGAACCUCAAGUAACAUGUUAUGUAGCAACAUCUAAUCUGGAUGGGGAGACAAAUCUAAAAAUACGACAGGCUUUGUCAGAAACAGCUGAAAUACAAACAGAAAAACAAUUGUCAAGCCUAUCUGGAAAAAUAGAAUGUGAAGGACCUAAUCGUCAUUUCAACACAUUCGUUGGAACCUUGUAUCUAAAUGGUAAAAGUCCUGUUCCAAUUGGACCAGAUCAGGUCUUGCUAAGAGGUACACAACUUAAAAAUACUCAGUGGAUCCUUGGCAUAGUUGUUUACACUGGAUUUGAAACCAAAUUCAUGCAGCGAUCAAAUGUCGAGAAGGUGACCAAUGUGCAGAUCCUGGUGUUGUUCCUGCUACUCCUGGCCAUGUCCUUGGUGAGCUGUGUAGGAGCCAUACUCUGGAAUGAAUGGUAUGGAGAAGGCAUUUGGUACAUCAGGAUGAAGGAAUACAUCUCCCACAGCUUAGGGUUUGACUUACUGGUGUUCAUCAUCUUGUACCACAAUCUCAUCCCCAUUAGCCUGCUUGUCACUCUGGAAAUUGUGAAAUACGUUCAGGCCAUGUUUAUAAACUGGGAUGAAGAUAUGCAUUACAGAGGAAAUGAUAUCUAUGCCAUGGCCAGAACAUCCAAUCUUAACGAAGAGCUUGGGCAGGUAAAAUACUUAUUUUCUGAUAAAACAGGAACCCUCACUUGCAAUAUUAUGACAUUUAAGAAGUGUACCAUUGCAGGUAUAAUUUAUGGAAAUCAGUCAGAGAAAAGUGAUACCGAUAUCCGAAAAUUAAGUCUGUCACCCUCUGUCAUCACAGAGUCCUGUGAAUUUAAUGACCCAAGAUUAUUGUACAACUUCGAAAAUGGCCACCCCACGAAAGAUUACAUAAAGGAAUUUCUUACCCUGUUGUGUGUGUGCCACACUGUUGUUCCUGAGAGAGACGGAAAUAACAUAAUCUACCAGGCUUCCUCCCCAGAUGAAGCAGCUUUAGUGAAAGGAGUGAAGAACCUUGGCUUUGUUUUUACUGCAAGAACACCAACCUCUGUCACCGUAGAAGUCAUGGGAGAAAACUUCACCUUUGAAAUUCUUAAUAUCCUGGAGUUUUCUAGUAAUAGAAAAAGGAUGUCUGUCAUUGUCCGAACUCCUACAGGAAAUCUCCGUCUCUAUUGCAAAGGGGCUGAUACAGUGAUUUAUGAGAGACUUUCAGAAGAUUCUCGCUUUAUGAAGGAGACAUUAACCCAUCUGGAAUAUUUUGCCAAAGAAGGGCUGAGAACUCUCUGUGUUGCUUAUGCAGAUUUAUCUGAGGAAGAGUAUCAGCAGUGGUUGACGCAGUAUAAAAAAGCGAGUACAGUUAUCCAAGACAGAAUGCAGAGUUUGGAAGAAUGUUAUGAAAAUAUCGAAAAGAAAUUUCUACUUCUUGGAGCCACAGCCAUUGAAGAUCGCCUUCAAGCACGUGUUCCAGAAACGAUAACAACGUUACUGAAAGCAAACAUAAGAAUAUGGGUCUUGACAGGAGAUAAACAAGAAACUGCAAUUAACAUAGCAUAUUCCUGUAAACUGAUAUCAGCUCACAUGUUUCGUAUUCAAUUGAAUUUAAACUCAUUGGAGGCAACACAACAAGCCAUUACUCAGCACUGUGAAGCUCUCGGAACCCAGAUAAGUAAAGAAAAUGACCUGGCCCUCAUCAUUGAUGGUGAAACCUUGAAGUAUGCCCUCCAUUCUGAAAUUAGGAGCUUCCUCAAUUUGGCCCUCUCAUGUAAAGCAGUAUUAUGUUGUAGGUUAUCUCCCCUCCAGAAGGCAGAAAUAGUGGACCUGGUUAAGAAGCAUGUAGGGGCCAUAACUCUUGCCAUUGGGGAUGGUGCCAAUGAUGUUGGGAUGAUCCAGAUGGCCCACGUGGGUGUCGGAAUCAGUGGGAAUGAGGGCAUGCUGGCCACCAACAACUCAGAUUAUGCCAUUGCACAGUUUAGCUACUUGGAGAAGCUUCUGCUGGUUCAUGGAGCUUGGAAUCAUUUUCGAGUGACAAAGUGUAUAUUGUAUUGUUUCUACAAAAAUGUAGUGUUAUACGUUAUUGAGCUUUGGUUUGCCUUUGUUAAUGGAUUUUCUGGGCAGAUUAUAUUUGAACAUUGGUGCAUAAGUUUGUACAAUGUGCUUUUCACUUCAUUACCACCUUUUUCUCUGGGGAUCUUUGAACAGUCUUGCAGUCAGAAAAGCCUGCUUGCAUAUCCACAGCUCUACAGGAUUUCUCAGGCAGGGAAUACUUUCAACACAAAGGUGUUUUGGUUUCAAUGCUUAAAUGCUUUGAUCCAUUCCUUCAUUCUCUUCUGGAUGCCCAUGAAAAUGCUGGAGCAUGAUAUGGUCUUACAAGGGGGUUACACUACAGACUACUUGUUUCUUGGAAAUUUUAUUUAUACGUACGUAGUUGUUACUGUCUGUCUGAAAGCUGGUUUGGAGACACAAUCUUGGAAUAAAUUUAGUCAUAUCGCCAUUUGGGGAAGCAUAAUUAUAUGGCUGGUGUUUUUUGCAAUUUACUCUUUCGUAUGGCCGACCAUUCCUAUUGCUCCUGAAAUGGCAGGACAGGUCAAGAUGGUCCUGGUUUGCCCAUACUUCUGGCUGGGUUUUUUCAUAGUCCCCAUUGUGUGCCUGAUUCUAAAUUUAAUAUGGAAAUCGAUUAGAAAUACCUGCAAGAGAACGUUACUAGAGGAAGUUCGGGAGAUGGAAAGUAGCAGAGCUCAAAGAUUUCAUCCUAUAAUAUUUAGAAGGAGGGUGGAGGCAAAAAAGGUCCAAAUGUUCCUAGCCACCCCGCCACAAGAGAUAGUCUUCCAGAGUGAAUCUUUUGAUCGAAGCAUCCCACGUGGGUAUGCGUUUUCUCAAGUAGAACAAGCUGUGAUCACUCAAGAAGAACUAAUCCGUUCUUACAACACUACUAAAAGCAAACAGGAUAAGGUAACUAUGGACUCUUCCCACUCCAGAUAGAAGUAAGGCUCAGACCACGACAUCCUGUGUUCUCAUGUCCAUCCCGGAGACUGCAGAACAUGCCAACAGCCCAAACACUCAUUUCUUGUGGCUCUGGGCACAGUUUGUUAUUUAUGUAUCAACUGAGUCGCAAUCCUUGGAUAUACAUAAUGGGGGAAGCCUAUUUUUCUUAAUUUUUCUUCAGUGUUUUAUCUAACCUGUUUACUUUUCUGUUGUUUUGAGAUAAUUUGUCAGUUCAGUCUGAAGUACAAAAUUAAAGGCAUUUUG